CGUAUGUCUCCCUGACCAAAAUGUCCGCUUGGUGAGUAUAUAUGGACGACAGUGUCUCCCAUCUCAGGUCUUCACCCACAUCUUCUCUCUAAUCAUCAACACCUCUUUCCUACACUCUUUUUUCUUACAUUAUCUCACCCCAGUCAUUCGUUAUACACGAUCUUAUUACAUCUAAUAUCUAAUUUUAACAACACCCAUCAUCACCAUGAAGUACGCACUCAUCUUCGUUGCCACUGCCGCUGCCCACGAGGCCUACGGUGGAUACGGUGCGCAAGCAGAGUCCAGCUCCGUCGUCAAGCCGAGCACCUCCGCAAAGCCCAUCGGAUACACGACUAUCGUGCCAGGCUAUGGCAAGCAGCCGGUCACUGUGACCACUCAGCAUCAGCCGUACCCUACCUGCGUGUCUCCCGCCUACGGUGGUCAGGACUGCGCCAAGUGGGAUGAGGAUGCCUACGUAUCGACUGUGAUCAAGGACUACGACAACAACUACGCUACGAUCACCAAGACCGCGCAGCCCGUUGUUGUCUACCACACCAAGAAGACCAUCACCCACUCCGCUACUGCAACAAGCGGCUACGCAGCGCCCACUGGCCUUGCCUCCAGGAACGGCACUGAAGGCUGCUGGUACGAGCUCUACGAGAAGAUUGAGUCGGUCCCAUACAACCAACUCGGUCCUCACGCACUUCCUGGAUACCCUGGUUCUGGCCUUUACAAGGAGGGCGAGCAGAAGCAACCAGUCAACGUCAAGGAGUACAAGGGCGGAAAGUGGUCUGAGUACGUCCACGAGUACUCUUACGGCACUCCUAAGCCUGAGGUCACCACUUACGAGAAGCCCGGUGUCUACACUGUCCCAAGCAAGGACGUCACAGUUGACCACCCUGUCACUUACCCAGCCGAGGCCACCAAGACUGCGAAGGCCGGCGAGACCUGCACGUACGGAGGCCAGUACAUCGAGGCCAAGCAGACCGGUUACAUCACUGGCGCUUACGGUGCCUACGAGACGAAGGUCAACGGUGGCAAGACUGUCACCGAGACAGUGAUCAAGCACACCACAAUCUAUGCUUCCACCACCGGCAACUACGAGGUCGCGAAGCCCACCACCACUGUCUAUGACCACGAUACCGAGGUCGCAUACCCCACUGCUAAACACUACGAGGCGGGUGUCUACCACCAUGAAGCUCAGACUGUCACCAUCACCAAGCCUGGACAAGCCUACACUUGCGAGUACGAGCAGACCAAGAAGCACGAGGCCACCUCAGCACCUGCGAAGAGCAGCGGUCAUGCGGCCUACCCUACCUCCGCCUCCGCUCCCGCUCACGACAACUCUUACGGCCACAACAAGCCAUCUGCUACUCCCAAGCAGCCUACUGAGGGUGAGAACAAGUACCCCUCCUACCCCGCCGGUCCUAUGAACGGACACUCAUCCUCAGUCCACGAAGCCUACCCAGCUUCCACCCCUUCUUACCCCAAGAAGCCUACUGAGGGCGAGAACAACUACCCCUCUUACCCUGCCGAACACUACCCUGCGAGCGCCAGCUCUACUCCUUGCGAGAGCAGCACCGCAUCCGUCACACCCGCCAGCUCGUCCGUCUACAGUGCCCCGGUCUACAGCCAGGCUACCCCGAGCCCAGCUAAGUCUUCGUCCACCAGCACCGAGGUCUACGGCCAGGCUUCCUCGACCCCUUGCUCUUCUUCUGUGCAGUCGACCCCGACUCCCGUCCAGCCCACUUCCACUCCUGUCUACGAGAACGCAUACCCCGCUGGCGCCACCUCUACCCCUUGCGAGAGCGACAAGCCUUCCGCUACUCCUGCUGUUCCUGCCGCAUACACCCCCGCCCCUGCUGAGGGCUACGGCAAGACCCAGACUGGCUACUCCAGGCGUAGUGGAAUGAGCCAGCGCCGCGCUGCGCAGUAA